ACCUUAAGAUCAGUUUAGGUCAGCUCACAAGUGGUUGAGAACCACUUCAUCAAAAAAAAUUUUGAUUUUCCACAGAACAAAAUUUUACAAGGGGAAACUGAAAGCUGAAAAUAAACAAACAACAAAACAGAGGAAAGCAUGCAGUUUCAGCUUGAACACAGGCUCAGAAACAGACCAAUUCAACACAUGGUUUUGAAGGAAAGAUGGGAAUUAGGCUUAGAAGUGUUAAGGGUUUCAUGUUAACUCACUGCUUGACUACACACCUACUAGCAAACAAUUAAGACACAACUUUGCACUGAAUGAAACUUGCUUCAGUGUGACACACAGGGACAUCAUGAUUUAACAGUAACUGAAUUUUCUUCUGCCUGCAGAAUGUAAUAGGAUGGUACAAAUUCAGACGUAACUCAGACCAGACCAUGACAUUCCGGGAAAGAGUUCUUCAUAAAAACCUGCAGUCACACCUAUCAAAUCAGGGGCUUGUAUUCCUCCUUUUAACCUCUAGUGUGAUGACAGAAAGUUGUUCUACUUACAGAUUGGAACAUGCUCUACAUCGGCCACAGGAAGGUCUUUUCCAGAAAGUCCCUUUGGUGGUUACCAACUUGGGCAUGGCAGAACAGCAAGGUUACAGAACAGUGUCUGGAUCUUGUGUAUCCUCUGGUUUUGUGAGAGCUGUGAGACAACACAGGUCAGAAUUCUUCCAUGAAGAUGGAUCCCUACAAGAGGUUCAUAAGAUAAAUGAGAUGUAUGCCACCUUGCAGGAGGAACUGAAGAAGAUAUGCAUUACAGUAGAAAUCAGUGAACGAUCUGUAGAGAAACUCCUAGCAGAGGUGAGCCAAUUAAAAGAAGAAAUAAAGAGGAAAAAGCAACAAAAUUGUUCAGGAGAAGACAAAAACCACCCAGCAGAGCCAAAGGAGAAUGUUCUCCUUUGUCAGGCACUGCAAACAUUCUUCCCCAAUUCUGGACUUCAGACAUGCAUUGUUUCCUUCAAAGGCCAACUGAUAUCCAAGAACUGCUGUAACACAGACCAUCAUAUAAAUGUCAUGGACAAACUGACUCUCAUGGUAGAGGAAAGAGACUUCACUGAAGCUGCAACAAGGCAUCUAAACAAGCGUAAAUUCAGGGGGACCACAACAGUUUCAAAGUCAUUAAAGAAAUGCAGGUCAUUGCAGCUUCACCAAGAAUCACUUCAAGACCAAGAGGACAGUGACCAGGAAAGGAAGCUUACACUGAGUAGCACUGAAACAGAGGAGGAGGUGCUUGAAAAAAACAGAGAUGCAAAUGAAUACCCACACUCUCCUACUUUCUGAUCUGUCAGAUGACUUCACACCACGGAUGUAUCAAUCUACUGCACUGCAGGGAUGUAUGUGACAGGGCAUUUUUGCAGGUUGUUUUUCUUUCCCCAGUGCAUAAAUCCUGUUUAGCAUAAAGAUAAGUCCCCACUUUGCCUUCCAGAGUUCCAUCUGUCUUCUCUCUCUCAGGGUUCAAAGACUGUGCUACAGGAUGCUAUCAGUCAGAUAAGCAUGUUACAUACUGCCUCAAAGUGACACAGCUUCAAGCUGCUGGUGAAAAAGCAGCGCUACCCUCCUGAUGCAGAGAGCAUCAAAUGAACACUUAACAGAAUUAGCUGUCUACAUGAACUGCCACAGUUUAAAUACAUGAAUUUAUCCUCAGGAAACCAGUGUUUGUUUACUUCUCCUCAUCUUACAACCCAGCAAGAGAAAUAACAUCCACCUGAGCUUUAGCAAGACCAGUGAGCAGAGGAAGGGGUCCAUACAGCUGCCAGUUUCUAUUAUUGCUUUAAUCUUCCUUCAGACAAUAACUUUCAGAGACUUCAUGAAGAAAAAUAAAAGAAUGACUGACAUCCACUCCUCAGUCAACCACACAUUAUGCUAGCAAAACACAUUUCCAGAAAACAAGUAUACAAAC